AUUGGCGGUGGUUACGUUUGCGUAACUAGCUAAGAAAGCUUAGCAACCUAGUCACUUAGUACUCCUGUUUCAACAGAUGUUAGGUUGUUACUAAAUGGUAACACUUAUUGAAUAAAUACUGAAGGGCUGAAGGUUGCUGUGACGAUGAUUCAUGAGCUGCUGCUAGCUUUAAGCGGAUAUCCUGGUACCAUAUUCACAUGGAAUAAACGAAAUGGCUUGCAGGUAUCCCAGGACCUGCCGUUUCUGCAUCCAAGUGAAACCAGCGUGCUGAAUCGGCUGUGUAAAAUGGGCACCGACUACGUGCGUUUCACAGAGUUCAUAGAGCAACACACGGGUCAUGUCCACCAACAAGAGCACUAUUCAAGCCAGCCAAGCCAAACUGGACUUCAUGGGAUAUACCUGCGGGCGUUUUGCACCGGCCUGCAUUCCAUGUUACAACCUUAUCGACAAGCCUUACUCGACCUUGAACAAGAGUUUCUCGGUGAUCCACAUCUCUCCAUUUCCCAUGUAAAUUACAAACUGGAGCAGUUUCAGUUACUCUUCCCAUCUGUGAUGGUUGUUGUUGAGACCAUCAAAUGUCAAAAGAUUCAUGGCUGCCAGAUUCUGGAGACUGUUUAUAAGCACAGCUGUGGUGGACUGCCACCUGUUCGGAUGGCAUUAGAAAAGAUCCUCGCAGUGUGCCAUGGGGUCAUGUACAAGCAGCUGGCAGCAUGGAUGCUGCAUGGCCUUCUCCUGGACCAGAGCGAGGAGUUCUUUGUGAGGCAGGGCCCAAGUGCAGGAGGAGCCACAGUCGCACAGGAUGAAGAGGACGAAGACCUGGGCAUCGGGGGCCUGAGUGGGAAACAGCUCAGAGAGCUGCAAGACCUGAGGCUGAUUGAGGAGGAGAACAUGCUGGCUCCCUCACUGCAGCAGUUCUCCUUGCGCGUAGAGAUGCUGCCCUCGUACAUCCCCAUCCGAGUGGCUGAAAAAAUCCUCUUUGUCGGCGAGUCGGUGCAAAUGUUUGAAAACCACAACCACAGUCCAUCCAGAGCUGGUUCUAUACUGAAACACCAAGAGGAUACGUUUGCUACAGAGCUCCACAGGCUCAAACAACAACCACUUUUCAGUCUUGUGGACUUUGAGAACGUAAUAGACGCCAUCCGAAGCACGGUUGCCGAGCAUCUCUGGACAUUGAUGGUGGAGGAAUCGGAUCUUCUGGGACAGCUUAAGAUUAUAAAGGAUUUUUAUUUGCUGGGACGUGGUGAACUGUACCAAGUCUUCAUUGACCUUGCCCAACAUAUGCUUAAGACUCCUCCAUCAGCUGUAACUGAACAUGAUGUUAAUGUGGCUUUUCAGCAGGCUGCUCACAAAGUUCUGCUUGAUGAUGACAACCUAUUACCCUUAUUGCAUCUCACCAUCGAUUACCAAGGGAAAGACAUCAAAGAGGCUUCUGGGAGUCGCGAAGGCACCACGCCUCCACAGGACUCCUCCCCCCGUGACGCUCCGUCUACAGGCUGGGCUGCACUGGGACUUACCUACAAGGUGCAAUGGCCCCUGCACAUCCUGUUCACUCCUGCAGUUCUGGAAAAGUACAACGUAGUGUUCCGGUACCUGCUGAGCGUGCGCCGUGUUCAGUCAGAGCUACAGCACUGCUGGGCCCUGCAGAUGCAGCGCAAACACUUGAAAUCUAACAAAACUGAUGCUGUCAAAUGGAGACUGCGUAACCACAUGGCCUUCCUGGUUGAUAACCUGCAGUAUUACUUGCAGGUGGAUGUGUUGGAGUCCCAGUUUUCACAGCUCUUGCAGCAGAUUAACUCGACGCGGGACUUUGAGAGCAUACGGCUGGCUCAUGACCACUUCCUCAGUAAUCUCUUAGCACAGUCCUUUAUCCUUCUGAAGCCAGUGUUUCACUGUUUGAAUGAGAUUCUUGAUCUCUGCCACAACUUCUGUUCCCUGGUGAGCCAGAACCUGGGUCCACUGGAUGAGAGAGGAGCAGCCCAGCUGGACAUUAUGGUGAAGGGCUUCAGCCGCCAGUCGUUCCUCCUUUUCAAGAUCCUCUCCAGUGUGCGAAACCACCAGAUCAAUUCCGACCUGGCUCAGCUGCUGCUGCGACUCGACUACAACAAAUACUACACCCAAGCAGGUGGCACCUUGGGCAGUUUUGGCCUAUGACACUUGGAUAGGGGCAGGGCAUCCAAGCAAACAGCUUGAGGAGGAAUGUACAGAGUAAUUGGGAUGCAUUUCUACAGAGGUCACGUUGGCUU